AGCCGGUAUAACCGCCGUUCGGCGUAACACACCAGCUGCGUACAGGCGUUGCAGAAACCAGAAGUCUUUGGGGUUUCUUUUCCGUCUCAUGUUAUUCGACAGAGGCAGCAGACACCCGUACUACGGAUUGCAGGAUUCAAAAAGCAAGAUCCAUUCACUUAUAAGCCCUAGCCACCUAAAGACGUGUUCUCGUCACGCCUUCUUUAAGUCAAAGACGUGCUCCAUCUUGAAUGUUUAAAUUGGGCUGCCUGAAGUACAUCGCACAGUGAACAAGAUGGUGCUCGGAACAGUGUUUGCGAUUCUUCUUUUCGCAAGAUCUGCGUCUCCCUUGACGGUCGCUCCAACGCUCGACUCUUCAACUGAUGGCUAUGAUGAUAACUGGGACUACGAAGAACCAGAUCCAUGUGACUAUAUUGAUGAACACGAGAUUCACAAGGCUUACGAAGAGGAAGAGGUGCAGAUGAGAUGCCCCCUAGCGGACUGCAUCUUUCCCAACAGCCCGUUCUCUUGGUACAAAGAUGGCAGAGAGUUCCCCUGGACGGACCCACCCUCAGAAAGGAUCACACUGAGAGGAGACCUACGCGAGACGUUGGAGAUAGACAGUGUACAGAUAGAUCCGGAUAACGGCACGUACCGAUGUGAGGGGGUGAACGGGACGGAGCGACUGGUCGGAUAUAUAUCACUCCACGUGAAACCGGCGAAGACCAAACACUCACCCAACAUCCAACAACCAUUUUGUUCCGAUCCGUGUGUGGAGUACCGCCGGCCGGGACAGAACGUCAACAUCACCUGCAGGGCGUACAUGGGCGUACAGCAGGUGAUCACACAGGUGUACUGGAUCACCAACGGCGCCUUUAUCAAAGAUACGGGCAGGAUUCACCACGAGGGACCGCAUAUCGAGAGGGAGGACAAGGAAAGGAAAGUGUACGUGACCAGGGCCCUGUUCAUCACCGACAUCCGGCCUGGAGAUUACAGGAAGUAUACCUGCGUGGCUAAGAACGAGUACGGUAACCACACAGUACCGGUCGAGCUGAGGGAGGGGGACGAUCCCAACGCUCCUCCCGUCUUCGGGGAUGAUGUGAGAGAGAAAAUGCAGCAGUACAGGAAUGGGGCGGCAGGGGGCGGUGCUGUGCUGAUAACGUUAUGUCUCCUGGCCAUGGUGUAUUACUGGAAGAAACUCGAGAUACGUCUAAUGAUUAAGGACAAGUUCAUGCCAUUUGAGGAAGGAGACACCAUAGAGUACACGUCUGGUGGUGACGAGGAUUACCUGUUCCACGAACAGGAGCUGCACGUCACACACUUCACCAUGGACGUCAAGCUUCAGGAGAACGCCAGGGUCCUGCUGUCCCAGGGGAAAGGACAUGAAGGUGUGACGUACGAAAUCAUCAUCGGCUCCGACAACAACACCAGGUCUGCUAUUCAACGGAAGACUGUCCGUGGCGCGCAGGUGUCAGACCAGAGAGAAGUCUCUGCCUCCACUCCUCACAUUCUGUCCAGCGAUGAAUGGAAAACCUUCUGGGUUAGCUUCAAGGAUGGACACAUCGAGGUUGGAAUUCCUGGGGAGGAUCCAUUCUUGAGGUGGGUGGAGGCAGGGCCUCUCAACAUCAAGUACCUGGGCUACAUGAACGGUUCCAGGGCAAAGGGCAAACUCAGGUUCUCUGACCUCGGUCAGAAGGAGUAUGAUGUCUUUAUCCUGUAUGACAUUGAGCAGCUUGGGUUUGUGAAAAACCUACUCCUGCCCUUCCUGGAGAAAACCUGUCGCUGUGUGGUCAGGAUCGAACAUCGUGACUUUAUUGGAGGGUCAGACAAAUAUGAGGACUAUGUUGAGUUCAUUGAGCGGUCUCGCCGAGUGCUGUUCGUGUUGUCUCCUAACUACGUGAAGAACCAGUGGAUGAAGUUUGCAUCGUGUGUCGCUCUGGACGAGAUGCUGCGGGAGAAGGCCAGAAUUGUUAUGAUUGAAUACCAGCCAAUCAAGGACCAGGAAGACUUUGAGACACUGAAGAUAUUCAAUGAGCAGGUUCAGAAGCUGAUGAAGGCCGUCACGUGCAUCAAGUGGUCAGAUGAGGCCGAGAACAGGACUGACCACCGGUUCUGGCGCGAGCUCCGUUACAACAUGCCCAAGAAGAGAGUCCUCAGCAGGCAGAGCUCAGCCUGGGAACUGCUUCGCCAGCGCUCCGUCGUGGCUGACAGUGUUGUCUCCAAUUCUAUCGUCCGCUUCGGGUUCCGCCGGCAGAGGUCCACCCUGUCUGACGGCGUUGCUGACUACAACAGACUAAGGUCCACGUUUUCUGAUGACAGCACAGUUAUUGCUGAGGAUGACUGUGAAGAGCUAUGUUUUGUUGAUGAGACGAGUCCGUGUAAUAACAGGAACAGCAGGUUGGAGAUGGAGACAGUUCUGUAGAUGAUAGUAUCUUCUACAGUUUUACUACUUCUAGUCUGUUGAUGUUAGACUGUUAUGCAUAUAGGUUUUGUAUUCUUACUUGGUAAUUACUUUGGCAUUGAUGACCUAUUUCAUAUUGUGCAAUGAUGUAAGAAUAUUGAUAUUCUAUCAUGAAUAUACAUGUAAUUAAAUAAUAUUUUGUUGCGUGUUGCGUUUGACUGUACAUUAGGUACCUCUGACAACAUGCUUGUAAAGGAAUUGUUUGUAUAUUUUGAGAUGGAAAUUGGUAUCAUGUUGGAUUGUAUAAAUUAUGCAAACUUACUUUGUAAACAUGCUGAGCCUCAUAACUACAUUGUGAUGAACCAUCAUACUGAAAUAGUAGAAGGAUAUAACAAUUAACUUUCCAUGUCAUUUGUGUUCAUUACUCAUAGGAUUUCAAACUACUUUCUGUAUUACUGUUUAGCAAAGAAAUGCAAUGGGUACAACAGAAAGGCUUAGUUGUACAAAUGUAUUUGGUGUAUCAUCCAUACAGGCAUGACAUUUAUUCAUACAGUAAUGAUGACUUCACAGUAGGUGGUAUCUUUAACUGUAACAAGUAUAUCCCUUUUCCAGCAGCAAAACGUUAUCAUAUGAUUGCAUAUAUACCUGAUUGUACAAUAACUUGAAUCUCUGAUUCUUGAGAUCUGACCUUCAACAAUGACUUAGUCUAUAAAUACUCAGAUAUUCUCUUAUAUGUAAUAACAAAUCCAUGUGCCAUAUCUUCAUGUGCACACCAAAAAAAAACGCUUUACAAUCUAGCAAAUUGACAAAACAAUACAUGAUAUGGUUGAAAAGUCAACUCCUUAUUACAUGACUUAAGCCCAACUUUGAAAUAAA